UAUAUUUUCAUAGAAAAUGACUGAAAACAUGAAGGAUGAAAUAAAAAUGGAAAACAUUGAGAUUAAAGAAGAGAUUCAUGAAGAAAUGCUUCCAUCCUCUACUGUAGAGGAUACAUGUACUGUUUACAUAAAGGAAGAAGAUGUAAAGGUCGAAAUUGCUGAAACUAAAGAUGAAUCUUCAAAUCAAGAAGAGGAAACUUCUGAAGUUUACAGAACCAAGAGGAGGAAACUAGAAGGUGUAAUACACCCUUGUGAUAAAUGUGAGUAUGUUGCAACUAAGGCAAGUUAUCUAAAAAAUCAUGUUCAGAGCAAGCAUGAAGGAGUUAGAUACCCGUGUGACAAAUGUGAGUACGCGGCAACUACAGCAGGGACGCUUAAAUUACAUUAUGAAAGUAAGCAUGAAGGAGUAAGAUAUCCUUGUGAUAAAUGUGAGUACACUGCCAUGUUGGCAACUACUCUUAAGAGACAUGUGGAGAGUAAACAUGAAGGAUUGAGAUACCCUUGUGAUAAAUGUGAGUACGUAGCUACUUUUGCAAGUGAUCUUAAAAGACAUAUUCAGAUUAAGCACGAGGGAGUGAGGUAUCCUUGUGAUAAAUGUGAUUACACUACCACCUCAUCAUAUGCUUUAGGAUUGCACAUGAAGAGUAAGCAUGAAGGAGUGAGAUAUUCUUGUAAUGAAUGUGAGUAUGAGUCAACUAGAUUAAAUGAUCUUAAGAUACAUGUUGACAGUAAGCACAAGGGAGUAAGUUAUCCUUGUAAUAAAUGUGAAUACGUGGCAACUAGAGUAAGUCAUCUUAAUAGUCAUAUCAAGAGUAAACACGAAGGAGUAAGGUAUCCCUGUUGUCAAUGUGACUUUACUGCAACUACCACAAGUGAUAUCAAGAGGCACAUGAGGACUGUACAUGAAGGAGUGAGAUAUCCAUGUGACAAAUGUGAUUACUCUGCAACAACACUUAGUGUUCUUAAAUUACAUAUUAAAAGUAAACAUGAAGGAGUUAGAUAUCCUUGUGAAAAAUGUGAAUACUCUGGAAUAACAUUAAGUGCUCUUAAAAAACAUAUUAAGAGUAAACAUGAAGGUAUUAGAUAUCCAUGUGAUAAGUGUGAUUUUGCUGGAACUACAAAUAGCCAUCUUAAAGUUCACAUUGAGACUAAACACGAAAACUUAAGAUAUCCUUGUGUUUUAUGCGAUUACGAGUCAUUAAGGUUGACUGAUCUGAAAAGACAUGUUCAAAUUAAGCAUGAGGGAGUGAGAGUUUCGUGUGAUAAGUGUGAUUAUACUGCAACAAGGGAAAGUCAUUUGAAAAUACAUAUUAGAAGUAAACAUGAUGGAGUCAGAUAUCCAUGUGGUGAAUGUGAACACAGUGCAACCACAGUUAGUUCUCUUAGAAAGCAUAUUGAGAGUAAACACGAAGGAGUGAGUUAUCACUGUGAUAAAUGUGAGCAUUCUGCGACCACAGCAAGUAAUCUUAGAGUACACAUUAAGAGUAAACAUGAAGGAGUCAGAUAUCCCUGUGAUAAAUGUGAUUACUCAGCAACCACCGCAAAUAUUCUAAGAACACAUAAUGAAAGUAAGCAUGAUAAUGUUAUAUUUCCCUGUGAUAUCUGCGGAUACGCUGCAACAUCAAAAAGUGCUCUGAAAAAGCACAUGGGAAGAAAUCAUAAGGAAGUAAUAAAUUAGAAUUGUCUUAAA